GAGCCGUUGCCCCGCCCUCGCCGCUGCCAUGGCGGCAGCUCCGCCGCUGUCUAAAGCUGAGUAUCUGAAGCGUUACUUGUCUGGGGCAGAUGCUGGCCUGGAAGGAGGCUCAGAGCCGGUUCGGAAGCGGCGCAAAAAACGGCCGAAGCCUGGAGGCGCCGGUGGCAAGGGAAUGCGGAUUGUUGAUGAUGAUGUGGGCUGGGCAGCUAUCUCUACCGAGAAGCCGGAAAAGGAGGAGGAAGAGGAUGGAGAUUUGCCUGUGGUGGCUGAGUUUGUGGAUGAGCGUCCAGAAGAGGUGAAGCAGAUGGAGGCCUUCCGCUCCAGUGCCAAAUGGAAGCUUCUGGGGGACCACAGUGAAGAUGGACAUUUCCAUCAUGACAUCCCGGAUCCAUCUCCUCCUAGGAGGGUUCGUCAUGACAGCCCAGACCCAUCGUCUCCCAGGGGGACCCGUCAUGACAGCCCAGAUCCAUCUCCUCCUAGGAGGGCCCGUCAUGAUACACCGGAUCCAUCUCCUCCUAGGAGGGCCCUUCAUGAUACACCAGAUCCAUCUCCUCCUAGGAGGGCCCGUCAUGAUACACCGGAUCCAUCUCCUCCUAGGAGGGCCCGUCAUGAUACACCGGAUCCAUCUCCUCCUAGGAGGGCCCGUCAUGAUUCAGAUGCUUCUCCCCCCAGGAAGUCUCAUCGUAAUUCUUCAGGUGUAUCUCCUAAGAGAGGUCAUCAUGGUUCGUCAGGUAUCUCUUCCCCCAGAAGGGCCCAUAAUCACUCCCCUGACACAGGCCAACAUAGAAGGACUUUUGACGCUUCAGACCCACAGCAUCUCAGGAAGACCCGUCACGACUCCCCUAAUUUGGAACUGCCCAGAACCAAAAGUAGUAAAGCUGCAGAAAGAUCCCAGAGGGAGCUGGGACCCUCCCACCCGUCACUCUCCAAGGACAGCAAGUAUGGGCGUGACUCUGACCUUUCUCCACGGAAGCAGCAAGCAAAAGCUCAUUUGGGAGCUCAGAAGCAGCUUGAUCCCAAAGGUGUCUGCCACAAAGCCUCUGACUCAGAUCUGUCUCCUCCACGGCAAAAACAAAAUUCAAGACACCAGGAUUCUGACUCAGAUCUGUCACCACCACGGAAUAGACAGAGACGCCAGUGCUCUGACUCCGACCUCUCUCCACCCCGGAGAAGACAGAGGACCAAGUCUUCUGAUUCUGACCUCUCUCCUCCUCGAAGGAGUCCCCGUCCUGGGAAGAAGACCGCACACAUGUAUUCCGGAGCAAAAACUGGGUUGGUGACUGAUGUUCAGCGGGAGCAGCAGGAACUCAGGAAACAGGACCAAGACACCACAGCCCUUGGAGCUCAGUUUGAAUUCGCUGAAACUGUAUUUCGAGACAAGUCUGGUCGGAAGAGGGAUCUGAAGCUGGAACGCCUGGAACGGAGGAGAAAAGCAGAGAAGAACUCAGCUCGAGACGAGCUAUAUGCGCAGUGGGGGAAAGGGCUUGCCCAGAGCCGGCAACAGCAGCAGAAUGUAGAGGAUGCAAUGAAGGAGAUGCAGAAGCCUCUGGCCCGCUAUAUCGACGACGAAGAUCUGGAUCGGAUGCUGAGAGAGCAGGAAAGAGAGGGGGACCCGAUGGCCAACUUCAUCAAGAAGAAUAAGGCCAAGGAGAACAAGCAUCAGAAGGUGAGGCCUCGCUACAGUGGUCCUGCACCUCCUCCCAAUAGAUUCAACAUCUGGCCUGGAUACCGCUGGGAUGGAGUGGACAGAUCCAAUGGCUUUGAGCAGAAGCGCUUUGCCAGGCUUGCCAGCAAGAAGGCUGUGGAGGAGCUCGCCUACAAGUGGAGUGUGGAGGACAUGUGACUUCUCCAAGGCUGUGUGUGUGGCGCUGUGGUGGCAGUGGCAUAGGCUAGCCCAACAUCCAGCCUAAUGGUCGUCUUGCUGAUAGACACAGACCAACUUGCUAUCAGUUCUGACCUUUGGACUAGGCACCUAACCUUGGCUGUGUCCAUGUUGCCUGUGGCUGGCUUUGGCAGGACACGGUGACUUCUUUAUUCCAGGGUUUGUUCUAAGCCAGUGUUUCCUUUUUACUUUAAAAAAUAAACACAUAUUUAUUUUUUGUAAUCAUUUCCUAACUGGGUAUUUUACUUGGGAAAGAAUUCCAGUGAAUAUUGAGCUUCUUGGGGCCUUAGAGGUAUUAGUGAUUGGUGUUUUCGUUCUGUUAGCAAGCUGUGUGAGUCAAAUCUUUGGGAGUGAUAACCCUUCUUCUGUGCAAAUCAGAAUCUAGUGUUCAAACAGGUUCAGGAAUACUGGGACAUGUGUGGAAUAAGGUAGUGAGUGAGUGUUACAUGUUAAUGGGAAAGGUGGCUAGUGAGGCUCAGAAAAUUAGAUUAUUAUAUGGAUACAAAUGAAGCGGGAUCCGUGUCAGUCAAUCCUAAAGCAAUGAAGGAUUCAGAUGAAGUGCAGGGCCGUGAAGCUAGAGCAUGGCUCCCAUGGGCGACCCCAACAAAUAAUAAAAUCGGUAGGAGCAAGUGAUGGGUAGGAACAGCGUGAAGACAGCGCAAACCACGAGCUGUGGUUGCUCUGACUGCUGCAUAAUGCAGGGUUCUCCCUGCAGCUGAGCUGGUCAUGUCCGAGGCAAAGAUGCCUACAGAUUCUGAGAAAACACUGGCAGUCUAUAACAGUGAGAGCAUAACAAACGAUGUGUGCAUGAGGGAUUGACUGUAUGAGAGAAAUCUACAACUCAGGAAGGAAAAGACAGCUCUGAAAACAGGAGAAAAAUAGACGAACCUAGAUAGCUAGUUAGUGUAGUGCCUCACUCCCAGUUAACUAAGUACAAAUUACACCAUUUUCUACUCUGCAGCUCUCAGGGUGGCCAAAACAGCCGUUGUGGUGAACGUCAGUCAGUGUCAGCCGCUGUCGGUUGAGGGAUGCAGGUGGGCAGCAGUACUAUGUUCCCUUUUAAGGCUGGGCAGUGGUGCUGUGCUGCUGGAAGCUGACUCCGGGCUGUGUCCUUUGCUAGCAGUGUGACCUGUGAGCUGCUUAACCCCUGUGCUUCGCUUCUGUGACUAGAGAGAGGAAUACCGACCUCGUGGGUUUCCUGUGCGUUUACAAGUGCUUGCGUAUAGUGAAUGUCACAAAAUGCUUAGCGGUUAGCAUCAUUGUCUUCUUUAGCAUCAAGUGUGGUAGCCAGCCUCUGUGGUGGCUCUUUUGGUCCCUGCUCUCUGGUAUUCAAGCCCUUGGGUAGUCCCCUCUCAGAGUAAAUAGGGCUAGUUUGUGUCUCCAAAAGGAUGAGACCAUGCGACUUCUGAAAGUUCCUAAAAGACAUGGCUUGGUGGAAAGAAAGAGGAUCUCCCUGUGGACACUAGCAGGCCUCCAGGGGCCAUGUGAACACAGGCCUUCCCCAGGCCAGCAGCAAGUGGAAGCCACCUGGGCAGGCCUUAGGUGCAGCCCUCAUCUGUAACUUGACCCAGGCCUGCAAGAGCAGAGCCACUAGCUCUAGCUCUGGGACUCAAGCUGUGAGGAUAGAUGUUCAGUUUUCUUAAAAACGUGUAGCUUCCUGAGAUGAACGACACGGGGUGUGGUCCUUUUAGUGUAGAAUCAAUGCGUUCUAACACAUCAUGGAGCUGGGCAGCCAUCAUCAGCACAGUGACUUUUCAAGUAGUGUUAUCUUGUGGAUACUGGAAACGUGUCCAUUUCUGGUCACUCGGCACUGCCUCUGCCCUGGAUAACUACUCCCAGGGAUUUGCUACUUUGACAUUUAUGAUGUGAGUGCAACUGUCAUUUAACGUGGCCUUCUGUGUCUGGCUGCUUGUCACAUGUUUCAAGGCUCUGUGUUGUGACAUCCCUUUCUCUCUUUUGACUAUUUCUGUGUGUGUUUAUCACACACAUUUUAAUGAUGAUUUGAUGGUUACAAAAUGUUUCCAUUUUUGAUUGUUAUAAAUACUGCUGCUAUGAA